GCGGGAGGGGUUGCUAAGCUGGGGCGGGGUCGGUGGCGCUUUACGGCCGGCAGAAGGUGCCGUAAAGCGUGUGCGAAUGGUUUUGUGGCAGGGCAAGUGGUGAGAUUGCUUGUGAAAGGUGCCUGACAGCUGAGGAGACUGAAGUCCUCUCUCCACAGAAAAGGUAGAGGCAGCAGCAGUGCAAACACCCCACCAAUGGGCUUCAACUUCAUCAUGGAGGCAGUAGCUCAGUUGAGAAGAGGGUAAAUAAUCACACAAGAAUUAAGUGGCUAUGUUCAGUGAAAUAUGAAAAAUGGCCAAUCCUUUAAGAGGUGAAGUGCUGAAUCUUUACAAAAAUCUGCUGUACCUUGGAAGGGAAUAUCCCAAAGGAGCAGACUACUUUAGAAGCCGUUUGAAGGCAGCUUUCCUAAAAAAUAAGGAUGUGAAAGAUCCAGAAAAAAUUAAGCAACUAAUUAGUCGUGGAGAAUUUGUUAUAAAAGAGCUAGAGGCCUUGUAUUAUCUCAGAAAGUACAGGGCUAUGAAACAGCGCUACUAUGAGGAUGACAAUAAGAAUAAGUGAUGUGCAAUAUUGUUGACCCUGCGCUUGUAACAAUGCACGUUAGUGGCUAGGAUGAAUGAAUAAAGAAGAAUGGUUAUGUUAAAGGCAA